AUGCAAAAGUCUCAAGAAGGCUUCUUCUGGACCCCUAAGGAGGGCUUCCAGUAUGGAUUAACCACCGCGGCCGUUGUCCCCUCCACCCCCAAGUCUGAUCUCUCCUCGGGCUAUGAUGCUAUUGUCAUCGGGGCUGGUUUUGCCGGGCUGGCUGCCGCCCGCGAUCUUGCAUUCAAGGAGAAAAAGGUGCUCAUCAUCGAAGCUCGAGAUCGCAUUGGCGGUCGCUGCUGGACUGCGCAUACCGGGACAGACGCCAGUGAGAUGGGUGGCACAUGGGUGCACUGGCAACAACCGCAUGUGUUUAGCGAGUUGCAGAGAUACGGACUAGAUGAGUUUGAGGAAACGGUGGCGUGUCCUGAAAACUGCGAGUCUACAACCAAGCCAUCGCGGUCGCAGCCAGCCACGGUGCUGGAUCCUGCGGAUGGGCGAGUCAUGAUGGAGCAGCUGGAGCGACUGACAGAGAGGUUCUUUGACGUGGAUGGACAAGGCGGACGCAGUAUCAUCCCAUUCCCAUUCAGCGCUGCGGCGAGCGUCAAGCAGAACCCCGACUAUCUGGAACUGGACCAACUCAGCGUCGCGGAUCAUGUUGCGCAGCUCGAGGGCUGUACCGAAGAAGAACAAACCAUGCUCAGCGCGCAUGCGGCUUCAUUCUACGGCAUCCCGCCGGAAAAGGCGUCGUUUGCUGAAGUGCUUCACACCCUCGCCUUGUGCAACUUUGAUCCGGCCAUGCUUGACACAGCAACCAUGAAGUAUAAGAUUGCAAAAGGCACCACUGCGUUUGCCCUCGCAAUCCUGGACGACUACAAGGGCGACAGGGUCUUUGACUCUCCCGUGGCGUCCGUUACCCAGGGCGAUGGCGAUUUCCCGAUUGCCAUCACCCUACAGAAUGGGGAGCAAUUCUCAUCCAAAACCGUCAUCUCGACCGUCCCCGUGAAUGAAGCUUUCUCGUCCGGCUUCACUCCCGCAAGGACAGACAAGCUCCUCGUGCGCACAUCCACCGAGCUGGAAAACGGGCUCAACGUUACCUGCGACGGCGACAUGCCCUACGCAAGUGGCUUCACAGACGGAACCCACAGCACCACCACCCUCCUCACCCUCCUCGCCCAUCCAGAUAACAGCCUCAACCGCUCCGACGAGAAUAUCCGCCUGCUGGAAACUCUCCGCCCCGCAGGUAUCCAAGUGGAAUCUGCCUCUGGUCAUCUCUGGUCAGACGAUCCAUUCGCCGGUGGGGUAAUGCCCGUUCGGGGGCCUGGGUUUUUGACCAAGUACCGAGAUGAGAUGAGGAAGCCCCAUGGGCGUGUGUAUUUCUGUGGAUCGGACUUUGCGGAUGGCUGGCGCGGAUUCAUUUCGGGUGCUUUCGAGGACGCCUAUCGAGUUACCAGAGAGGUCUUGAGAGAUGAUUUACUAACUAGCGUAUGA